AUAAGGUUUCUUACCUUAAUUUUUUUGUUUUAGUUUUAUUUGAAUUCGUUUAUUAAUUCUAGUAGUUUAAACACAGUUUUGUUGUAUUUUUGUUUUUUCUUUACUCUUCAGUUUUAGUUACACUUCUGAAAUGUUCAUGUAUAAUAGGAGUAGUUCUUUCAUUUUCAAGAACCUAUCUUUCAAAAGAGUAAAUUUGUUUAAAAACCCGAAGAUUUCUUGCGGAAAUAAGUCUUUUUACUCCAACAUUACCGAUAACAGGCUGAAAAGUUCCUUGGAAUCCAUUAAAUUUACCAGUAAAAUAAAAAGUGGCCUUAUUUUUCCAAGAUAUGACCAAAUCAACAAUUUUUUGAAUAGAUAUAAUAUCGCUCUAGUUUCCCAAUCCUUGACUUUCUCAACUACUUCCUCCAAUACCAUUGAACUUACCUCAGAUGAUGAAGUCCCAGAAACGACUGAUGAGGCAAUACCGGUGGAGUCGAAAGUUUGUAUAUCUGAAACCGAAUGCAGUUCUAAAGACAAUGCAGAUGUAAUUUGUAACUUUAAAGGCCAUCCUCAAAUAGGAAAGGAGUACGGAUCUGUGUAUACCAAACAUGAGCCUACAAUGUUUGGUGACUGGUCCCACAUGGGUCGCGUUACUGACUUUUAAUUUUAUGCAGUUUAUAA